AUGAAAAUGAGUAGUGGUUCAAAUCAGAGGACGUUGUUCCAGACUUGGGGUGGACCCGUCCCUCAAAACAAAGUUGUUCAACCGAACAAAGAGGACAAGAAAGCCGCUGGACGGCGCCGAACAAACCAAAGCAACCCUGCGCAGGCAACUACAACACAACCUCCUCAAAGUCGCCUAUGGGCUCAAAUAGGUCAGGGUUCCGCUGCCUCCACAGUGAACCCGGUGAGGACAGAGGACCCUAAACCGGCGUAUGAAGAUCAAGAUGACGACGAUGAUCUGAUGUUGGUCGCUGUUUAUGAAGCCGAAAAGAGCCUACACCAUGGCGAUGCAAACUAUCUUCAGUAUGACAAUCCUGUAGAAACAGAGAGCACCGGCCUCUCUCCCAUCCCGUCAGGUGGGCAAACAUACCCAGACUUCCCUGGCUUUGACAGCUCAGCAGCUCAGGUGUGGAUUUACCCCACCCACUAUCCCAUCCGGGAGUACCAGCUGAAGAUAUCAGAAGCUGCUCUGUUUCAGAACACACUAGUGUGUCUUCCCACUGGUCUGGGAAAGACCUUUAUAGCCUCUGUGGUUAUGUACAACUUCUACCGCUGGUAUCCAUCAGGGAAGAUUGUCUUUAUGGCCCCCACCAAACCUCUGGUGGCACAGCAGAUUGAGGCCUGUUAUAAAGUGAUGGGGAUCCCACAGGCACACAUGGCUGAGCUGACAGGCACAACAGCAGCAAAGCAUAGACAGGUGGUGUGGAGGACCAAGCGCGUCUUCUUCCUCACCCCUCAGGUCAUGGUGAAUGAUCUGUCGAGAGAAACCUGUCCUGCCCAGCAGGUCAAGUGUGUGGUGAUCGAUGAAGCCCACAAGGCGCUGGGCAACCAUGCCUACAGUCAGGUGAUCAGACAACUUGGCAGCCAGACUCUACAAUUCCGCAUCCUUGCCCUUAGUGCAACUCCAGGGGGAGAUACAAAGUCGGUGCAGUCAGUGAUCUCUAAUUUGCUCAUUUCCCACAUUGAGCUGCGUUCAGAAGAGAGCCCAGACAUCCAAGCCCAUUCUCACCAUCGCAGUGUGGGGAAAGUGGUGGUUCCUCUGGGAGAGGCCCUUUCUGCUCACCAGGUGCGCUACCUGCAGGUGCUGGAGAAAUUCAUGUCUCGCCUUGUCCAGAACCGGGUGAUGGCACACAAAGACCUGCGGACUCUCAGCAAAUACCAGAUCAUCCUCGCCAGGGAUCAGUUCCGCAAGAACCCACCACCAUGCAUCAAGGGUCCGCAGCAUGGGAUGCUGGAGGGCACCUUUGCCCUCUGCAUCACCCUGUACCAUGGCUACGAGCUGCUGAUGCAGAUGGGGCUCCGAUCGCUCUUCUUUUACAUCCAGGGAAUCAUGGACGGCUCCAAAGAUAUGUCCAGGUCAAGAAAUGAAUUGCAGAGGACCCCCGCCUUAGUGGACCUUUACCGUGAGAUGGAAGCUAUGUUUCUAAAGCCAUCUGCUGGUCCAGAUGAGCCCUUCAUUUACGGCCACCCCAAACUGGAGAAACUGGAGGAGGUGGUGUUGCAGCACUUCAGACAGUGGGCUAGGAGCUCAGCAGACAAUAAUGGUUCGGGUCCUCAGGAAGUAAGCACACGUGUGAUGAUCUUUUCAUCAUUCCGUGAGAGCGUACAGGAGAUCGCAGCCAUGUUGAACCGCCAUGCUCCGCUGAUAAAGGUCAUGACCUUUAUGGGCCAAGCCUCAGGGAAGGGAGUCAAAGGCUUCACCCAAAAGGAACAACUGGAGGUGGUGUUCAGGUUCCGUCAGGGAGGCUUCAACACACUGGUGUCGACCUGUGUCGGCGAGGAGGGGCUGGAUAUCGGAGAUGUGGACCUCAUUGUUUGCUUUGAUGCGCAGAAGAGUCCCAUCCGCCUUGUGCAGCGGAUGGGACGUACCGGACGUAAACGGCAGGGACGAAUUGUUGUUAUCCUGGCUGAGGGACGCGAGGAAAGGACCUACAACCAGAGCCAGAGCAACAAGCGCAGCGUGGACAAGUCUAUUAUCAGCAAAAAAAGCACAUUCCACAUGUACCCCAACAGUCCCCGCAUGCUGCCCGAUGGCGUGAACCCCACCCUGCAUAAGAUGCACAUCACCUGUGGGCAGUUUGACCAUCGGGAGAGUAGCAGACGAUCUGUCAGGGGUCGACGGUCCCACUCUGAGGGACAGGCCUCACUCAUCCACCCUCAAAACCUGAUUUGGCAGGGCAGGGCAACGUCAGACGGGUUUCUGAGCAGUACUGAAUAUAACCUCUGGGCGUCCACCAUGAGGCUGGAUGAACGUGAAGCUCAUCCAACCCUGAAACGAUCCAAUUUCAUGACCCUACCGGGUGAUCUACCACCUCAGGAGGAAGUUUCCAAAAGUGGACCACCGUCCAGAGAGCUAUCUUUGUGGGAGUGGAGACACUGGCAGCACAAAGCGCUUCCUACUAAUGUUGUUGAUCAUUCCCUCCGCUGCCACCACUUCAUUAAGGUGAUGGAGCUCGUAGACAGCAUGAGAGAGGAAAAUGAGGGGGAGUGUGGUUAUGAACAGGAGCUUAUUCCUUACCUCCACAAAGCGGAGGCUGUUGGCCAUGUGAAGAAAAGGCAGAAGAAACAGAAAGGCACAAAGACCUGCACUACAACUACCAACAACAAAGCCAAACCGUCUCACUCAACGCUGUCUGAUCUGGAAUGCAUUGACGAUGAAAGAGACUGGGAAAAGACACUCGGAAAGAACACAGUUUCCACAUUUGCUGAGGCAAAUCAAAGCCGUCCUGUUGAACAUGAUACUGAGGCGCCUUAUGAUAUCAUCACUGAUCACCCAGGACCUGAGGCAAUUUGUCAUCUUCUGUCUAACAAUAACUGUCCAGAAACUGACAUGGACGAUGAAUAUGCCGUUAUUAAUGAGGAUGUCGUAGAGUCAGAGCACACCGUUUCAGACAAAAUCACACAAUGUAUUACAAAAGUUGAUGAAGAGGAAGAUGUUGAACUUCAAGCCAUGUUCUACCUCCCUAAAUGGGAUUCAGCACCUCCUCCCUCCUUUGCUAAAUUUGUCCCAGGAAGAGAGCAGAGUCUCCAGGUUAUCCUUGCCAACGUGGCAGAGCUCCUGUCCCGAUCGCCACCGUCACCGACUGUAGAUUUAGAGUCCCACAUGGAUGCUCCAUCACUUCCUUCCUCUCCUCAGAGGCCUCAUCAGCCAUUUCAGGUCAACUUUACCCUGGAUGUAGAUGAUAACGAUGACGAUGAUGAAAUGAUAAGUUGCCAAGACGAUAGCCCCCUGAGGGCGGACACAGACAAGCCUCCAGUUGUUAAAGAGGAUAGUAAAAUGUAUCAUGAAUGGCCUCAUCGGGAUGAGCAGCAGAUCGUCAGCUGGGGCAGCAAAGCAGCAAAUAGUCCGACCUGGGAUGAAGUUUUUGGGGAGAAAGAGGGGAAUGACAAUCAUGAAGAUAAUAGCAGAGAGACAAGCAAUUACAAGGGAAUGAACAGUAAGAAUGAUGGCACAGCAGAGGAAAAAGAGAGUUGUUUGGACGAUGUUAGGAAUGAGGAAAUGCCUGCCUUAACACAUGGAGGUGGGAAAGACGACUCUCAGUGCAGAGCUCACAUGGACGUGAGCAUGGAUCUGUUUGGGGAUGACGAGGCCUUCUUGCAGAUCACCAUCCCGGACAUCUCCACUCCUGGCAUCACAGCCAGAACAUCCUCAAGUGCCGGAGACAUUGCUAAUAGCACUAAAAAGAUGUCCAAUGCUUCACACUCGCAUACCCCAACAAACCCAUUUAAAACUAUGCACACAAUUGGUAGAUUAAACACAGCGCACACAGAUGAUUUAGCACACACAACGCACAUAACUCAUACUCCACAUGCCAAGCUGAUAACUCAGAGCGCAAAUACCCAUAGCACUGCAGAGACUAAACGCACAGCAGCACCAAGUGAACCUGCAACAGGCAAAUCAAAAACGGACAUGGCAAUUACAGCUCAUUGUAAAUCUCCCACAAUUCCACAAAACACUGAGUCAAUUGACAGCUCCCACAACUACCUCUCUGUCAACUUUGACCUCGGCUAUUCACUUGAGGAUUCUGAUGAAGCGGAAGAAGAGGCUGUUCCUGCUCCAUGUAUGUUGACCUCUCCACAGCCUAAAAAGCAGGCUGACUCUACAGCGUCUUUUCCAGCCGUCUCCAACUCUUCGACUCCCUACAGCUUCCAUAGACAGAGAAUGCCUCCGCAGUCCAAUGGAUCCAGGUUAUCUACACCAAAACUGUUGUCAGGGCAGAGGAGGACAGAGGCGUCCUCUCCUCUGGCUCUGCCUUUGGUGUCUAAAGGGGGUGAACUACCAUCUCCAAUCCCAUCACAAGGAGUCAGGCGGAUGCUCAUGCCUGGCUACAACGGGCCUCACACCCCGUCUUCAGUCCCCAGCUUAAAACGGAGACGACUGGAGGAGAACUCCCCUCCUCAUCCAGGGGAGUGCGACAGUGACAGUGAGGAUGAAGUCUUGGUUCAUAAAAGAAGACAUCAGAACAAGGUCAAACUCUUGUCAUCCCCAGAAGUGUCAAAGCUCUCCAGUGAUGUGGACUCCCCGGUGGUUGUGAAGAGGAAACGCACAGUUGCUCUUAAUACUUCAGAUGAAAUGCAGGGCGAAGGUGUUUCUGAUGAUGAUUUCCAGAGUGAAUCUGGGUUCACGCGCAGAGCCACAUCCCACGGGGCCGAGAGGCAACGAGUCCAACGGGGCAAAGCCAAGCAGCCCGUAUGUCGAAAAGGGCGCCAGUUCCUGGAUGAAGAAGCAGAGCUGUCGGAGGAGGGGGCAGCCGUGUCAUCUGAUGAAGAGGAUGAAGAAGAACAGAACCAUUCUCUUGAAGGCUUUGUGGUUGACAACACACACUUCUCACAGGGACUGAAUGACUCAGAAAUGCAAUGUGUCUACCUGAAGUCAGUGAAAAGCCCUGCAGUCCAGGGAAAGUUCAAAAUGUCCUACAGAAAUCAUCACAACAUGGACAUAUUUUCUCAGGUGCCUGAGAUGGAUGAAACAUAUGCUGAGGAUAGCUUUGUGGUGGGAAGCGAGGUAGAAGAGGUGGGGAGCAGUGAAGAGGAAGCUGAAGACAUUGAAGACAUGCCCGAGGACUCGUAUGUGGAGGGGCGGAGGCAGUAUGCCACCAGACGGCGUGUUUUCCUGCACAAAGCCAGAGUCGGGGCCGGAGGUAAGCCUACAGCUGGAUCUGCACCAGAGCAGAGAGCUGGGGUGAAAACCAAGCUUGCCCGUGUCAUACGCAUUGAUGAUUCUAGUGAGGAGGAGACAGAGGAAGUUGGCAAAAAGAAAAGUCACACAACAGGAGGGGGUGUAGGUGUUCCCUUGUGGCCAAAAGCGGUACAGCCGAAGCCCAGCAGGCUGCAGCAGCAGAAACCCACUGCCUCAUUGUCUUCAUCCAUAGCAUCCAAGGUCUCAUUGCUGAGCAGGGCACAGAGGUGCUCAGUGAGUGAGGACCAGGAAAAGGAGAGGUGUCGCCAAAGGUUAGAAAAUCAGCAUUUGCUCUCUGAUGAACUAGACUUUGCUGAGUCAGAGUUGCUGUUAUCCUGCAAGAAACAACCCCAGGUCCAGGCACUCCCUGCCACCUCCUCGGUUCCACAGACGUCCUCCGCACAGGAUUCAUCAAUCCGUGAGCCCCCGGCUCCAUCCAGGCCUGUUUGCAUCCUGGUGGACAGUCGCUGCAUCAGUAGUGGAGUGGAGCUGAUGACCAGCCUCCGUCAGCGCCACGCAGCCACUGUUCACAUUUGCUCACUGGACGGCAGCUACUUCAUUGUCAGCAACCGCAUGGCAGUGGAUAGGCUCAGCCAAUCAGACCUGGCCGCGAUGCAGAACCGGAAGCGCUUGGCGGAAAGAUUGAACAGCUUGCAAGGAUUGUUUGAGCGCGUUUGUCUGAUAGUGGAGAAGGACCGAACCAAGCCAGGCGAGGCGUCCCGUCCGUUUCAGAGGACACGUCACUACGACAGCACUUUGACAGCACUGGUGCGUACCGGGGUGCGCUUGCUGUGGAGUGAUGGUGCUGAAGUGAGUGCCGGCUUGCUGGCGGACCUGGCACGGCUGGAGCAGCGUAAAGGUCAGGGCAUCGCUGUCCCGCUGGAGGUCAAAGGGCAGCAGAGGCAGCAGGCCCUGCAACUCUACCUGGGCCUGCCCUCCGUCAGCUACGUCCAUGCCCUCAGCAUGAGCCACAACUUCAGGUCAAUUGCUCAACUCAUAAACAGCUCCAUUGAAGCUAUUCAGAAGGGAGGCUGUAUGAGUCGAUCCAGAGCCGAGGAGAUCUACCGCUUCCUGCGCUACUCCUGUGACUCUUCCUUGAUGAACCCAUCAAAAGCAGGAAAAAACAGCUAGCAGGCCAGAGGAGUUACAUUUUAGGAAAACCAUUUUCAAAUCUGUUUCUUUUCCUGUUUCCACUUUCUUUCUCUGCUUCCUCUGUACUUCUUUGUGUACAGUCUCACCAGGGACCAGAGGAUGACAGUUACUAUGCUAUGUAUAAUAACUGUUCUAUCUGAAGUUGAAUCUCCACAAGAGAAGCCUUCUUGCACAAUAAGUUGAAGGGGAGCACCACUUAACUCAAUUGGUAUGUUAUAUAAUACCAUGGGUUUGAUGAAUACUAGACUUUUAUGCUGUAUUUAAAAAAAUCAUUUGGGUGAGAAGUGUUUCUCUUAUUGUUGAGCCAAUACUGUGAAUUUAAGUAAUCAAUAUGUUAUAUACUUGGAUAACUUAUUGUUUUUGUCAAAAUAAUGGAUACAUUUGUUAACGCUACUCUGAAAGAAGUAAAAUAUAUAACAUUUCUUUAAUAAAUAGUGCUGCUAUUUUUAUA